GACAGCCAGAGACUUGUCUCUAGUGACAGCUGUCAAUAUUUUGUAAACAAUACAGGUCCUGUAAUAAUUACAGGAUGGAUGAAAAUUCUGUGAUAUACGGCCUGGAAUUUCAGGCAAGAGCGCUUGCUCCACAAUUGGCAGAAACUGAACAAAUUAGAUUUAUAAUAGGAACACAAUCUUUAAAGCAAACUAACAACCAAAUACAUUUGGUAGAGUUUAAUGAGGAAAUUUCUACAAUUAAAACCAAUGUAUUUCACCAUUCAGAGGGUGAAAUAUGGAAGAUUACCACCAGUCCUGUCGAUGCCCUGAAACUAGCAACAUGCUACAAUUCUGUAGCAAGUAUAAGCAGCUGUAUGAUGAAAACAGCAAUUCUGAAACUUCCAGAGGAAAAGAAUCCUGAUUCCAUUGAUAAUUUGGAAGUGGUUACCAAAUUGGAUACGGAAAAUUUUGGGAUAGAAGUAAAAACCACAGAGUUUCAUCCCACAGAUCCAAACAGGGCUAUGACAGUUACAGAGAAUAAUUUGGUGUUGUGGGAUAUUUCGGAGGAAAGUGGAAAGGAUGUUUGGAAUGUAAAUUUAAAAGCAAAAAAUAAUCCCAAGUUUACCACAGGGAAAUGGAACCCACAUCAAAAUUGUAAUCAGUUUACAACUGUAACAGAGACCCAUUUAAAAACCUAUGAUAUAAGAACAGGUGAAAUAGCAUGGAACAUUGAUGGGAUUCACAAUCAACUGGUAAGAGAUUUGGAUUAUAAUAUGAAUAAACAGUAUUAUGUAGCAACAUGUGGGGAUGACGGUUUUGUAAAAAUAUGGGAUUUUAGACAGACAAAUCAUCCAAUGUAUUCCAGAAGUGACCAUUCCCAUUGGGUUUGGUCUGUAAGAUUUAACCAUUUCCAUGAUCAAUUGCUAUUGACUGCCAGUUCUGAUGCCAGAGUUUUACUGUCCAGUGCUGCAAGUGUCAGUUCUGAGAAUAAUAACGAUAUGUGUUUGUUAGAUAAUGGAGAAGGCAUAGAAACUAAGCAAAUGCUCUCUGAUGGUCCCCUGCAGUGGUGUGAACAUGAAGAUAGUGUUUAUUGUGCAGAAUGGUCACCAUCAGAGCCAUGGGUUUUUGCUUCUUUAAGUUAUGAUGGCAGAUUGCUUAUUUCAAGGGUUAAAAAGUCGCUUAAGUACCAAAUAAUGUUAUAAUUUUUUUAAUAUAUUUGUUUUUAUUACUUUUUCUUUACUUUACCUGUAUAAUUAAUGUUUUGGGUUUUUUGGGGAAAAAUUAAUAAAAAAUCAUUGUUUAAAUUGUUCUGUACAUUUAUUAAGUUUGUCAUGCUAGAAACAGUGUUACGUCAAGGUUACUAAAAUUGUAUUUAUCACAGAAUCAGUGAACACCACUCUCUCCUAUCUUACUAAGAACACCCGUAAAAAUAAUUAAAAAAAAGGAAACCAAAUAACAUAAUUAACAUUUAAAUUCGGUUUAAGUUAAUAAUAAUUGAUAAUCAUUCGAAUAAUUGUUACUUAAACAUAAUAAAUUAAAAAUAAUUAAUUACCUUGGUAGUUUUGGAAGCUUUACAGUAAUACUAUACAAUAUAAUAAAAUCCACCAUACUUCCCAUCACAGUCUUUUUAUAUUUCAUUCUAUACUCCAUCCAAAUCCAAAAAAAUAUACGAAAUAGUUUGAUUCAUUGUAUAAAUUUAACUUAAGCCAUAAUUGGUCCAGUAAAAAAUUAAUAGUAACAAAAAAUGUUUGCCAUAAUUCAAAAAUCGUCAACAAACUUUGGGUGAUAUUGAUAUUACACAGCAGAAUAUUUUUAUAGCAAUAGAAAAUACACUGCAAAUCAAAAUAAACGCAUGCAAAGUAACAAAAUAAAAAACGACAAAAUGCGUUAAUUUUGAUUAGCAUUGCAUGAAUAAUGUUUAAAUCAAAUUUUAGAGAUUUGCUCUUUAAAAUUUGAUGAACAUGUUUAUAAUGACAUUCAUAUACAUAAAAAUACAAUAUGUACUCAUUUUUUAGAUGUAAAACCUACCAACACUUACUCGACCGUGAAAUAAAAUACAAUAAAUGGAACGAAAUUUUAAGUAAAUCCAUCAAAUGCAACACGAUCAUUUUCAUUUUGGUCAUAGUAUGUAAAUUUAAUAUCUUUCUUAGGUAUAGUUUUGUGUAUAAACAUUUGAGUCCUAUCUAUAAGACCUUACAAUAAAUUAAUCACAAAAAAUUCAAGAAAAUUCAACAAUAAAUAGUUACAAUGCCUAAAGAUGAAGUAAUCCUUUAGACACUUAUUUUUACAACCAAAAGUAUUCAAAUUAUUAAAAAAGUAUACAUACAUACCUACAUUAAAAAUUAGUUUUUGUCAGCAGUCUUAUCGAUAUAGACAAUGUAAGUACGAUCGCCGCCUUGUUUAGGAGCCGGAGGAUUUUUCUUCGAAUCCGCUGCGUUUUUGCCGUGAACAAUCGCUUUCUCUUUUUUGUUUUGUUACAUUUUCAGAUGCGCGUACUGAUGCACAAUGGGCAUCAAAGCGAGCGCGUCCUGCGGUUGCCUCUGUGGUUUGGAUGAGAUAUUUUUCAGCUCGACCGGCUUCAAAAUGCUGCAUUGUCUCUUGCGGUACGCUUGGAUGCUAUACUUCGUCAGCGCCGAGUCGCAGUCCCUCUUCAUGCGGUCGUGAAUCACUUUCACCCAGGUCUGCUCAA